AUGAUCGUCCACGGCGGCGAGGGCUACGGCGUUGCCGACCUUUGGCGUCUGGACUUGCAGGCGAAUUGCUGGGAGCGCCUGAACCCUGUGGGGCAGGGCCCUUCUCCUCGCAUGCAGCAUUCCUCAAUCCUGGUCCCAGAGAUCAACUGCCUGGUGGUCUUCGGGGGUGUCGACGAGGGCAACAAGCCUUGUAAUGACCUACUAUUCACAUUGGAUCUUGCAGAUCUUAAGGCCACCAGCUGGACUGCGCUGUCCCCCACGGGGGAGGCCCCCAAGCCGCAGUAUGGGCACACGGCCACCUACUGCCCGACUGACGGCGGGGGGGCGAUGAUCGUCCACGGUGGCUACAAGGGCGGCGUUGGCAACCUUUGGCGGCUGGACUUCCAGGCUCUAGCGCCCGCGGCCCCCAAGGCGCUGCCCACGCCGGCCCCAGCUCUAGCGCCCGCGGCCCCCAAGGCGCUGCCCACGGCGGCCCCGGCCUCACCGAAACCAAGUUCGGGCAGUGCCUCGCUCUUCGACGAGGCACCCUUGCAAGCUUCUUCAAAGGCGUCUCCUGCAAGCUCCAGCUCCCUCUUUGACGACGAGCCCUUCCAGGUGCCGCGACCGGCGAAGGCAUCGCCCGCCAAAAGCGCUGGGUCCCUCUUUGAUGAGGCGCCCUCAGCUUCGAAGGGCUCCUCUCUUUUUGACGACGACGGCUUCGACUUCCCGACCAAAGCUGGCAGCCGAUUGCCUGCCAGGGACGAGGAUCCGCUCUUCAAUGACGAGGAGCUCCCGCAAGGCCGAAGCCAGCACCAAGCAAGGCUCUAG